AUGGAUUUUAAGCAAUUCCUGAGAACGCGUGCAACUCCUCAACAGAAACAGAAAAUCAAGGACAUGAUCGUACAGAGAUGUCGAGAGUGGUAUCUUUCCGACGAUGUUGACAACGCCAAGUUUGCUCAGAGUGUGAUUUAUUAUGGCAUGGUAGACCAGCCGGACAAGAACACCUCUCAUCUCGAACCGGAGGAUGUUCAGAGGUUCUUUGAAGCUGUCUUGCAUGUGCCCAAGGAGAAUUACAUGCAGUUUCAACGCACCCUAGAGCGAUGGCUCACCACCGAGUCUCCUGACUUGAGCAACGUCUCCGAUGCCUCCAUUUCGUCAGCCCUUGAGCGCUUGUACCUCGAGGAGCAUGGCCAACUGCAUCCCAGCUUGGUGCGUGUGCCGUCGCAGAUCGCGUCUCUUCAACAAGCGCUGCUCCAGGUGGGAGAGCUGCUGGAGCUCAACGGGACUGUGGGGAUCGAAGCAGGAACGCACAACGUCUCGCGCCUCCUCGUUCACUCCAGCUUGAACUUCAAGAACCUGACGGCGAACGAGCGGCCGAUUCGAGUCCGUUGCGAUGGCACAGAACGCGACGGGGAGGCGUAUGAAGGCAAAGGGGGGGUGCAGGACGAGCCUUUCGCGACCCUCAUCGUGCAGGGAAGGUGGCAAGUGAACGGAUGCGUCAUCCGCGGGGGGGGCCUGCAUGCUGUAGCUGCCACCUCAGACGCGGUGCUCCUGCUGAACUCGAGCGAGAUCGGGGGGAUAGGCCACCUGGAGGGCUCAGAGUUUGCCGGGAGGUUCAGGGAGCUGAGCGAGGCCAACAGGAAGUUCUCGUCGCACUUGCAGCAGGCCGAUGAGUUGACCGCAGCUGGAGACGAGGCUCAGCAUCCUCGUCUGUGGGACCCCAAGCUGGAGGAGGACCUGCGAUCGCUCGACGCUGAUGUCUGGGGCAUCCUUGACAACUCGACGAGAGAAUACCAAGAGGCAGAGAAGCAUGUCAUGCAAGCUGGGAAGCUUCUGCAUCCGAGGUUCGAGGAGAUCUUCACGGUGACGGAGGACAAGAUCGACCUGGAGGCUCAGUUCCAAGAAGCCAUCGGGGAGGACGGUGGGCCUGUCAUAUGGGAGCACAGGCGCUUGCGGUGCAAGGAUGCGCUGCUCGCAGACAAUCGAGCCUCUUGCAUCCUCUUGGGCUGCCUCGUCUCGGCAGCGGCGAUGGACUGCGGCCCUGAUGCUCCGGGGUCUGGAGUGCGGGGAUUGGAGGAGGCGAUGGUCGAGGUCAAGCGGACGAACUUCUCCGACAUGUCGCAUGCUAUCUCCCUCCACGACCAGUCUAAGGUCCGAGCGCUGUGGGAAAAGGACCGGACCGGACCGGACCGGACAGGACAGGACAGGACAGGACAGGACAGGACAGGACAGGACAGGACAGGAUGCGAGGGGAGAAAGGGGAAGCGAGGGAAAGAGAUGAAGGGGAAAGAGAAGAGGAGAGGAUGA